CCACACCUCCACACCGCCCUGAGGCGAAAGAGCGGCUCAGCGUAGGUGAUCGGCAGGGAGGUUAUCAGCACCGUAUCCUUCGUCGCCGAUCAGCUUCAGGUCCACAUCAGGCGCCCACCUUGCUGCGCGGCGCUGCUUGGCCGUAAAAUCGUCACCGCCGUCACCACCGGGGAGCUUCGGGCUUGCGUCCCCCGGUGAUCGACUCAUUUUGCCAUCUGGUUAUGCACCUAUAGAUAUUUGGUUUCCCCUGACUGAUAAAAUCAUGCAAGGAACGCUUUGGAUAGGAUUUGCAUCCUUCCUUUCUAAGCGUUGUGUUUCCACCUGUCGGACCUCCUCGUUUUCUCCAUCUUCAUCAUGCUCUGCUAUACAACCAUGGCUUUUUGUUGGUCUUGGUAACCCCGGUGAGAAGUACCAAUCGACCAGACGCAAUGUUGGGUUUGAUAUGAUAGAUGCGUUUGCAAAGUCUCAGGGCAUAUCCCUGACUACACAUCACUUCAAAGCAUUAUUUGGUGAAGGGAUUGUCGAUGGUAUCCCUGUUCUCCUUGCCAAGCCUCAAACCUAUAUAAACCUCAGUGGUGAAUCUGUUGGGCCACUUGCUGCCUAUUAUGAACUGCCACUGAACCGUGUCCUAGUGGCAUACGAUGACACAGACCUGCCAUGCGGAGUUCUCCGUUUACAAUCUAAAGGAGGAUAUGGACGCCACAAUGGGCUGAAGAGUGUCAUCUACCAUUUUCGCAAGAAUCGAGAAUUUGGUCGAGUAAGGAUUGGAAUUGGACGGCCACCUGGUCAGAUGGAUCCCAAAGCUUUUGUGCUUCAGAAGUUCAAUAAGACUGGCCGUGAAAGGAUUGAUUCAGCGAUGAAAGAGGGUGCUGACAUUCUGAAGAUGGUGGUCACCAAGGGUUUGGCAGAGGCGGCAAGAUUGUCAAAUGUUGAUCAGAAGUAUAAGCAUCUGAUAUCAGAUGAGCAGCAGCAGUAACUACAAACUGCCUGUCAGGGGAAAGGCUUAUGCAAUAUGUAGGUGUUACCUAGAGAGAGCCUUGAGCUCCUUCAAGUGGAGACGCUGCAGAAGGUUAAAAUCGAGUUUGGCGAACUCCAGAAUGGAGGAGUUGUGCAUAGGCUCUUCUUUGUACUCUGAUAUAUAAUGCAGCGCCUCUACUCUCUUCAAGGUCCUUGGCAGUGGUAAGUGAAGAGCACGCCUGACUUGCUCAGCCAAUGUGUAAUCAAGCUUACCUUCCAUUGAUUCAAGAUGUUGCCUUGCGAACAAGAUGUUGUCUUCAAGCUCUGUCUCCCCGUGAGUAAAAAGGUAUGAUGCGUUGUAUAAACUUAAUAGUCCCCUUGGGUCAUUAGCUAUGUUAGCAUGGAAGGUCCCGUUUUCGUCUUUGAACUUGCUGAACACAUCUGCAAGAGAACAUGAUACAUCUCAUGAGCAUAUUGGCUAGCAGCCUAGCAUUGGUGAUUCUGUACUGUUCCUGGAUAUGUUCUUAAUUUAUUUUAAAGCAGCACAUGGAUAUUCAUGGAUAGAUGUGUUGA